CAUCAUACAACAUCAUGUUCGCCCGUCAAUCCACCCGGUUCCUCUUCCCCCGAACCACAACAGUUAUUACCCGCGUGCGCUUGUACUCAUCCGCGGCACCGAGCUAUGAGCACAUCCUCACCUCGACCCCAAAGCCUGGAGUCGGCUUGAUCACUCUCAACCGUCCUAAAGCCCUCAACGCCCUCUCCAGCCCUCUCUUCAAAGAAGUGAACGAUGCUCUCUCCAAAUACGAUGAAAGCAAGGAUAUUGGCGCUAUCAUCAUCACAGGAAGUGAGAAGGCUUUUGCCGCCGGCGCGGACAUCAAAGAAAUGGCCCCUCUAACCUUCGCUUCCGCGUAUAGCAACAACUUCAUAGCCCCUUGGUCGCAUCUCGCGAAUUCUAUUCGCAAGCCUGUAAUUGCCGCCGUUUCUGGCUUCGCCCUUGGCGGUGGGUGUGAACUUGCUCUAAUGUGUGACAUCAUCUACUGCACCGCGUCCGCCACGUUCGGACAGCCUGAGAUCAAGCUGGGCGUUAUCCCCGGCGCCGGCGGGUCGCAACGUCUCACGGCUGCGGUGGGCAAGAGUAAAGCGAUGGAACUCAUCUUAACGGGCAAGAACUUCAGCGGCAAAGAGGCGGGUGAGUGGGGAGUUGCGGCGAAGGUUGUCGAUGGUGGGAAGGAGGAACUCUUGGAGGAGGCAGUGAAGACUGCCGAGACAAUUGCCGGAUAUAGCCGGGUUGCGACUGUUGCGGCGAAGGAAGUAGUGAAUAAGAGUCAGGAUUUGGGAGUGAGGGAGGGCGUUGAGUACGAGCGGAGGCUGUUCCAUGGGUUGUUCGGGAGUCAGGAUCAGAAGAUCGGAAUGACUGCGUUUGCGGAAAAGAAGAAGCCUCAGUGGUCGCACGAGUAAGAAAUUGGGCUAGAAUGUUAGCCUAUGCGCACA